CUGCAGAACCAUUCUCUCAUUCAUUCCUAUGUUCAACAACCUUCACAUCUACUUUUCAUCUCUUUUAUAUCCCAAAUAAGGAGCCUAACAAGUUAGCAGCUGUUUCUGCACAAAGGAGGACCCCGGUUUCACAACUAUGACUCUCACUUCUGCUUUAGAGAACGUUGAAGACAAUUUAAAAAGUAAUGUAGUUGCUGUUGGAAACUGCGCUGACAUAAACUGGGAUGAACAUGAGCUCGGAUUUAGUCCAGUUCCGACAGAUUUCAUGUAUGUCAUGAAAUGUGCAAAAGGAGAUAAAUUUUCACAAGGAUCCCUCGUUCCCUAUGGAAACAUUGAGAUCAGCCCUUUUGCCGUGAUACUAAAUUAUGGACAGGGAAUCUUUGAGGGGCUAAAGGCAUAUAGAACUGAAGAUGGACGUAUACUUCUAUUUCGACCAGAAGAGAAUGCUCAACGCAUGAAGAUAGGAGCAGACAGAUUGUGCAUGCCAUCGCCAUCCAUUGACCAGUUUGUUACUGCAGUAAAACAGACAGUUCUUGCCAACAAACGUUGGGUGCCUCCACUAGAGAAAGGGACACUAUAUAUUAGGCCAUUACUCAUAGGAACCGGAGCUUCCUUAAGCUUGACUCCAGCACCUGAGUACACAUUUCUUAUUUAUUGUACUCCUGUCACUAGCUACCACAAGAGUUCACUAAACUUAAAAGUCGAGAGUAAGUUCCAUCGAGCAAUAACCGGCAGUGGUGGGACAGGAGGGAUCAAAAGUGUUACCAACUAUGCCCCUGUUUAUACUGCAAUCACGGAAGCAAAAGCCAAUGGAUUCUCUGAUGUUUUGUUUUUGGACUCAGCAACUGGAAAAAAUAUAGAGGAGGUUUCUUCCUGCAAUGUGUUUGUUGUGAAGGAUAAUGUUAUCAGCACUCCGGAAACAAAUGGAGCCAUCCUGCCUGGGAUCACACGAAAAUCCAUCAUUGACAUUGCCUUGGAUUUGGGUUAUGAGGUCAUGGAACGUACCAUAUCGGUGGAGGAAAUACUAGUAGCUGAUGAAGUGUUUUGCACAGGAACUGCGGUUGUUGUCAACUCUGUUUCAUCUGUAACCUACAAGGAAACAAGAGCUGAAUAUAAAACAGGAGCAGAAACAUUGUCUGAAAAACUGCGCAAAACACUGGUUGGAAUUCAAACUGGGUGUGUUGAAGACAAAAAGGGCUGGACACUUCGAGUGGAUUGACCAAUUAGCAUAACCUCUCUUUAAAUAGUUGUUUCUUCUAAAUUGCUUGCAAAUCUUGAACAAACGUCCCUCAUUUUUACUAUCUGCUUUUCUUUACUAUUUUCUACCAAUAAGAUAACUGGGCUGUUUCGUUGA